AUGUCGUCGUCCUCGGACGUGGAGAUGGAGGAGAACAGAGAAGAAGACAACGAAGAAAACAGACGCGAGGGGCGAGAGGAAAGCAGUAAAAGAGAAAGAAGGACGACGACUCGAGUCGACGACGACGUGGAAAUGACGACGGUGGAAACCAUUGCGAAGACGACGGCGAGGGAAGAUUUCAAAGCGUUCAAAAAGUCGAACAAGAGGAUUUUAGAAGAGUUCCAAUCGAAACAGAAAGAAAGAGAGAGAUACGAAGAAACGGCGGUGCACUAUAAGAAACACUUGAAUCGUUUAGAUAUAUUAAAAACAGAAACGAUAUCGAAGAUACCUAAUUCGUUACCUAAGUCGGAUUAUUUAGAGAGGGUGGUGGACUUUCUGCACGAAGCGAUACCGCUGCUCGAGCGCGCAGAAAAAGAGGAAGGCGCUGCGAGGAAAGCUUCGGGAGAGGAGUUUAUUGGUAUUGUGAAUGUUUCGGACGACGACGAGGAAGUGCAGAAGAAGAAAGGAGAAGAAGCGUGGAAUAAAGUUGGACGGUUAGCGAACGGAGAGCUCGACGAGAAAGUUUAUACAGACAAGCCGCGUGAGAAAAGGUCGCCGAAAAAAGCUAACGCUGAGAACACCGAUCACCACGGACACGCUGAAAGAGUAGAGAAAGUUCACGAGAAGAAUAACAACGACGGAUGGAAUCGAGGAAAUGGCGGCGUUUCUCGUACCAAAACUUUUAGUAGGAAAAAAAAUCCGACCAACAUUGGACCGGUGAAUGGACGCGGCGCAUCGAUGGUUGAAGCUGCGCGUCUUGGCUUUUCGUCGAACAAGCGGGCAACAUCGACACCACGAAGUGCUCCGCGAGCUGUUUCUCCACGGCACGAAAUUGAACAUUUUUGUCCAGAACAAUUCAUUCCUAGCGCAGAGAAACGUCCAAAAACGAGAAAUGAUGUGGGCGGUAGCGGACACAAAGUCAAGGAAAGGAUGUUCGGAGUCCGCAUUGAUGACUUAGAAGAAGACGAUCCAAUCGAGGACGUCCAACGAAUCGGCGAUAAUAGCAGAGGUAAUCGCCCUCGAGGACGCGGACGAGAAACGAGAGAGAAGAAAGAACCGAUCGUAGUUGAUCUUGUAGAUUCUGAAGACGAUACAAGUAACAAACCGAUUGAAAUCGAUAGCCCGAUACAACAGAGGCGACGGACGACGCGACAAAAUGCAGGAUUUGUAGGGUCCAGCGUCGCGAGAUUUGGUAAAUUUACCGCAACGUACCCUAAUGAUGGAUCCAAAGGAGCCGCUUUAAUCAACACUAACGAUUUGGAUUGCUUAGAACCUGGUGAAAUGUUAAACGACCAAACGAUUGAUUUUUACAUGAAAAAGAUUGCGGUGGAAGAUUUUCCCUCGCUUGAAGACAAGGGAAGAUGUUUAGUCAUGAGUACGUACUUCUAUCAGAAGUUGACGCAGAAAUCACGUGGAGCCUCAAACAUAGCGGAGCGAAAAGAUCAGGCAUACGAGAGGGUGAAGAAUUGGACGAAAUCUAUCAAUAUUUUUGACAAGGAUUUCAUUCUUAUUCCAAUUCACGCUCAAUUACAUUGGAGUUUGGCUAUUAUAUCGUAUCCUGGAUUAGCCGCCAAUUCUGCGGAGCGCGUAGAAAUGGGGAACAUUCCGUGCAUUAUUCAUCUAGACUCGAUGGGGACCAAUAGCUCGCACUCAUUCGAUAGUAUACGAAAAAAUUUGACGCAGUGGCUGCAACGCGAAUAUAACCGCGUUGAAUCUGAACGCACGGGAGGUCUAGUCGAAGACGGAGCAACUCGUAUAAACAACGAGACGAUGCGUAAAUUGAAUCCAAUCGUUCCAUUACAAACGAAUGGUUGCGAUUGUGGUGUUUUCACGUUACUUUACGCACAAAAAUUUAUCCAGAACCUUCCGAAAGAGUUCACUUUGGCGGACUUCGAGUCGAUUUUUUAUGGUAAAGUGAAUACAAGGAUGAGUUUCCAAAAAUUAUCACUUCACGAACCAUACCGGCUGCUAACGCCUAGAAUGCUUGACAUGGAUAAAUUCAUCGAACAGAGUUGGAAAGAAGAAAUUCGCAAACGCUACGGGUCAUCUGAAAAAGAAGAAGCGAAAGAAGAAGUGAAAGAAGAAGAGAACAACAUAUCAUUACAUAUAGUCGGAGAAAAAGAAGAGGAAGAAGAAGAAGUCAACGAUUUGAGAGAUGAAGAAGACGAAGACGUGAAACAUUUUAAAUCAAAAAUGCAACCGUCACCGGAAGAAGAAGGCGAAAAGAACAGCGAGAAUAAAGAGAACGAUUUGAAGAGCAGCGAGGAGGUUGCGAUUAUUUCCGAAACGGAUGGGAAAAGUGGCUGCGAGAAGGAGAAGAAAAGGGAAGAAAAAAAAGAAGAACAAGAGACGCGCAUGUCGAUUGAAAAAAUACUCCAAACUUUCCCAAAAACGUGGAUCCAGACGAAUUGUCCCGAAAUGUUCCGAGAAACUUGGUUUCCCCCGAUGGAAUGUGCAGAGCAGAUGCGUGUUAGGAUAAGCUUGAUGAUCUUGGAAGCGUUACAAGAAAAAAUGAUAUCGAAAUACAAAGAACUCGAAGCCAUGCAGAACGCUUUGCCGGAAAGUGAAAAAGAAAACGAAGAGAACGCAGUCGUCAAGAAUUUUAAAAAUGUCACGCAACUCGUCCCUAUAUUUAGAGAUGCAGUCGACGAGAAUUUUAAAUCCUUGAGCGCUUUGGAUAGAAAUGUGUGCGAGGCAAAGCUGAAAAUGGAGAGAUCGGAAAAGAGGAGAAUAAACGAAUGCCUCCAGAAGAUUUUCACCGCUCGCGAGAAGGAGGACGAAAAUGUACAGAGGCUUAAUAAGCAUCUUGAAUUACGCGAAGAACGAAAGCGUCAAAAGACCGGUGAAUCGAGCGACGAUGAUGACGCUGUUCGCAUAAUUGGGUACAAAUCUAAACCAGGCAAGCAAGUGCAGACUACGCUUCAACGCUCUGGCGACGAACUUUUCGAAAGAGGCAGAACAAUUUGGAAGGAUGGUAUCCAACCACCGCCACGAAGAGGAGAGCAAGCGAAGACGCGUGCCCCUUCACCGCCACGCACGCGCGGGACUUUGAACGACAGUAACGACAUCGCGAAAAAAAUGAGGCGCAGUCACAACACGCGUGACCAGUCGUCAAAUCAAGAAACGAUGAGAGACGCGAGAAUCAGACUCUUAACGCAGAAACCUGCGCGAGAGCAGACCCCUCCGGAGAAGAAGGCAGGGUGGUUGCCUGGGAGUAUCGUAGACAGGUUCAAACGUAGAGAUAAAGAAAGUUAG